GAAGGAAGGAAGAAGGGUAUCGAAAACGAAGCAAAGUUUCUUUAAGUGUGAAGAACAGAGCGUGUCAGUUCAGGACAAGACGAAAAUAGACAAAAUAUGGCACCAGGUUACAAGGAGGACAGCUACUUGAUCUUGCAGCCGGGAUCACAGUACACUCUGGUGAGACUUGGGUUGGAAGACCCAUUAGGCUUACCAUCGCAUUCAAUCCCAACCAAAGUCUACAGAUGUGAGAAGGAAGAGGAGGAGACAGUGUACUCGAUGGCGGAAAAAGAAGGGUAUUCGGAGGUGUUCCCGAUAGUUGCGGGCCAUAUCAGGGACGUUAAGGGACUCCAGUUUUUCAUCAAAUCGAUAAUCACCACGUUGUUGAAAAAAGAUGGGGAUGGAGACGAGGAAGAAAACGGGCAUCAAGAAAUCACAUCCGCAGAACUGGUCAAUCUCUUGCUAGUGCAGGCCUCUUCUAGAUGGAGCCCGUUUGCGGUCGAGUCCAUUGUUAACUACGCGUUUGAGGCAUUGAACUUCAACAGUGUGAGCGUCAUACCAUUGGAGUUGUGUUCGAUGUUUGCGUAUGGCUCUAUCCCCAACGCAUUAGUGGUUGACAUUGGAUACGAGAAGAGCGAGAUCCUGCCGAUUGUUGACUAUCAGUUGUAUUCUCCAGCGAAGAAGGUUGUCUCAAAAGGAGGAGAUAACAUCAACAAAACUUUGUGCAAGCUUCUACCGAAAUUCACACAUGAGCAAGCCGAAAUUUUGAAGAAGUCCUCGAUUUUUGAGUGCUUGAGUGAGGAAGAUGCCAAAAAGUCUUUUUACGGCAUGGAAGGGCUUAUUGAAAAUAUUGACAUGAACGAUGGUGAAAAUGAUGACGAUGGUGUUCUGGAUAUAGCAGCCAUUGUCACAAGUGAGAAGUCCACUCGUGAGAUAUUGGAGGAGAACAAGAAGGCCAAAAAGAAGGCCGAUAAUAGGCAAAAUUCUGAAAUGGAAACCAACACGUUCUAUGAUUCUGAUGGUUCUCUGCUGACAGUGGGUAAGGAAAGAUUCCAAGGUUGCAACGACCUCAUUGAUUCCUUGGUAUUCAACAUCUAUCACAGUUUAAGAAAAAUCCCAGAUUUGAAGAAAAGACAAGACUGUUACGAUAAUAUAAUUCUGACCGGACAAACAAGCAAGAUAAAGGGCUUGAAAGAAAAGAUUAUAUUUCAUUUGUUCUCCAACUACGUCAUUUUGACCGAUAACAAGCUACUACAACCACAAUCACAGUUUAGAAAUGACGUCCGUACUGUCGAUGACUCUGCAAUUUCCCAGGUGCCAAGGCAUUUAAAGCUGGUUCCAAAGGUGGAGUAUUUCAGCGAGUGGAAAAAGAACGGUUUUGAAGACUGCUCCUUCCUCGGUGCUCAGAUUUUAUCUAAGCAAGUGUUUACCUCCAACAGCGAACUAUGUUUGACGAGGGAGAAUUAUAACGAGAAUGGCCCUAUGGUCAUUUGGAACAUCUGUUUGUAAAAAUCAUGUUCAGCCUGUAGUUUUUAUGUGUAUUAUAAAAUAAAGUAAAUCAAGACCGAAACCUAAAUUUAAACCAGUUGAG